ACGCACAAAGUUGAAGACUCUUUUGCUGGAGAUCAUGAAUCGAUCUCGUAUUGGGCCUGGUCCAGAAGCAGAAUUUGACCUUUUCUUGCUUCACCGACGGUUGUCAAAAUAUGGAUUUAAAGCCUAAUAUGAAAGUAUAUACUACUAGACUUCCUACUGAAUGGUAUUACAAUGUGCUGUUUGCAUCGAAGGUUGAGCGCAUGGAAUUGAUUGAGCGCUUAUAUGAACUCUUCAAUGGAUCUGAAAAAUAUGUUGUUUAUUGUGAGGAGACUAAAGAUGCUUUUGGAAAGGAUUGGGAUAAGAAACUGUUAAGCCUAUAUUAUCGAUUAAUGGCAGAUGAGAGCUGGAAUAGAGAUGGUUCGAAAAAUUUUAUAAAGAAAAAAGACAUGUCCUUUUGGGGGGUAAUGCGGGAGAUGUCGAGAUGAAGCGUUGCAUUGCAG